UAGAUAUAUAAGACGAAAACAUUGUAGAUCAAAUUACACUUUUCAAAAUGUUCCGAUUGUGUCUUUUUACAGUGCUUUUGGUGGCCGUAGCAGUUAACUGUCUACCAGCCAAGUCUGGGCCUAAAUUGGGCAGAAUCCCACUUAAAAAGGGAAAACUCACCAAAAAUGUGAUUGAUCAAAUUGGACCACACAGAGAAGCUUUGAGAAAGCGUUACUCUAAUAAAAAUUUGGGAAGUGCCAUUGAACCUUUAACCAACUAUUUGGAUGCCCAAUACUACGGACCAAUCUCCAUCGGAACUCCCGCCCAAAACUUCACCGUAAUUUUUGACACCGGUUCUUCCAACUUGUGGGUUCCUUCAGUGAAAUGCGGAUUUUUAAACAUUGCCUGCAAGACCCAUAACAAAUACAACUCUGCGGCCUCUUCUUCCUACAAAGCUGAUGGAAGUUCUUUUGGAAUCCAAUAUGGAACUGGAAGUUUGACUGGAUUCCUUUCCGUCGACUCCGUCUCUAUUGCUGGAUUGACCGUCAAGGAACAAACUUUCGGUGAAGCAAUCAACCAACCAGGUGUUACCUUCGUUGCAGCCAAAAUGGACGGAAUCUUGGGAAUGGCAUACGACACCAUCUCCGUUAACGGAGUUAAACCUGUUUUUGACAACUUGGUUGCUGAAGGAGCCGUAGACGAACCCGUAUUCUCUUUCUACCUUAACAGAGACCCCAACGCCGAAAACGGAGGAGAAAUCUUGUUCGGAGGAGCUGACCCCAACCACUACACCGGAGACAUCACCUGGGUGAACGUGGACAAAAAAGCUUACUGGCAAAUUCCCGUAGAAGGCAUGUCCAUCGAAGGAGCCAAAACUAAACUUUGCGACGGUGGCUGCGAAAUGAUCGCCGAUACUGGCACCAGUCUCAUCGCUGGACCUUCCAAAGAAGUCAAAGCCAUCAACAAGAUGAUUGGUGCUUUGGAUAUCGGAACAGCCGCUAUAGUUAGUUGCAAAAACAUCGACAGUCUUCCAGAUAUCCACUUCCAAAUUGCCGGGAAAAAAUUCACCCUUACCGGAAAAGACUACAUCAUGCAGAUUGAAAAUAUGGGAGAAACCAUGUGUAUAUCUGGAUUUAUGGGUAUGGAUAUCCCACCACCAUCUGGUCCCCUUUGGAUCCUUGGUGAUGUUUUCAUCGGAAAAUAUUACACCAUCUUCGAUGCCGGUAACGACCGUGUUGGGUUUGCUGAAUCCAAAUAAUUUUUGAAAAAGUGUAAAUAAAUGUUAAUAAAUAAUAUGCAAUUAA